AGCGCCACCACUCUCCUCCUGUCUUUUAUCCAGAAUCCAAAGCAAUCUAACCACCAAAAGUAUUCUUCAUAGAAUUGCGAGCUCAGGUCUCGACCGCCCACGGCCCACAAUCCAUAUAUUAGAGCGGCCGUGAAAGGCGAUGGCUUUGUGGGUGAGAACUACAAUGGCUAAGUACUGUAGCUACUCCACUCAGCUUCCUAUCCAUUUCGCCGAGAGACCCAUUUCUGCUUUCCCCGCCAAACGCCUUCUUUCAGUUCGUUACAAGGCUUUCUCCGUCCAAGCUUCCGCUAAAGAUGGUUCAUCAACUAGUGUUGGAUUUCUGGGUCUGGGAAUUAUGGGGUCUCCAAUGGCGCAAAAUCUUUUAAAAGCUGGGUGCGAUGUAACUGUGUGGAAUAGGACGAAGAGCAAAUGUGACCCUUUGAUAAGCUUAGGUGCAAAAUAUAAACCUUCUCCUGAGGAAGUAGCUGCUGAAUGUGAUGUGACAUUUGCCAUGCUUGCUGAUCCUGAUAGUGCAUUCGAGGUUGCUUGUGGAGAACAUGGGGCAGCAAAUGGCAUCGGUCCAGGAAAAGGUUAUGUAGAUGUCUCAACUGUAGAUGGUGGGACUUCUAAAUUGAUCAACCAACGUAUGAAGUCUACCGGUGCAUCAUUUUUGGAGGCUCCUGUCUCUGGUUCGAAAAAGCCGGCAGAAGAUGGCCAACUGAUCUUUCUCACUGCUGGUGACAAACCUCUCUAUGACUUGGCGUCUCCUUUCUUGGACAUCAUGGGGAAGUCGAGAUUCUACCUUGGCGAUGUUGGAAAUGGAGCUGCUAUGAAACUUGUAGUCAACAUGAUGAUGGGAAGUAUGAUGGCUACUCUCGCUGAAGGACUGCUGUUGAGCGAGAAAGUAGGGCUCGACCCAAACGUGUUAGUCGAGGUACUGUCACAAGGCGCCAUAAGCGCUCCAAUGUACUCGAUGAAAGGACCAUCGAUGAUCAAAUCCGCCUACCCUACAGCUUUCCCACUAAAACAUCAGCAGAAGGACAUGAGGCUUGCUUUGGGUCUAGCAGAAUCUGUUUCACAGCCAACACCAAUUGCAGCAGCUGCUAAUGAGCUGUAUAAGGUGGCAAAAGCUCGUGGACUUAGUGAUGACGAUUUUUCUGCUGUCAUUGAAUCAUUGAGAGCAAAGCUAGGCUCUUCAUGAACACAAGGGAGAGACUAGGAUUUCUAUCGACGAGCUUCCUUUAGCGUUUAGACUUUAGACCAUUGCUAUACUGAUAUGGAAUAUGGAUAGAGCAUAGUCCCUUGUUGCUGCUUGCAAGCAACCCUCUUCUCGAUUCUCGUUUUCGGUUCCAUUCUUGCUUCCAAAAUCCAAAUGCUUGUAGAAACUAAAAUGUGGAAAUAAGGAGAAUUUUGAACGUUUCAUGUGCUCUUUUUCCCCAUAAUCGAAUUUCGUAGCACAUAGAAUGUCACAUGCAAUUAUAGGAAGGAUCAUAAAAUCGUGUCGAUUCAUUGGAUGAAGUAACGGAUGUGUUUGUUUAAAAUCGUAAGAUAAUACAUAGACGUAUUGGUU